AUGUUUUCAAAGCUUAUCACAAACAUACUACCAAAUAACUGGCGCUCUGAUUAGCUAUAGAAAAGUGAGGAAACUGAUUCAAAGGAUGAGUUGAAAUAAAUUCAGAAAAAUGUUGCAAGACUCUAUGAAAUAGACAAGGAGGAGGAGGAUGAAGAUCGAGAAUUGAUGAAUGAGUGGACUGUCAUCAAAAAUUAGUAAACAAAAACUUAGAAGCAACAGAUAACUAACCCAAAUGAAGCUUAGGUUGAUUACAUAUCAAGCAGGAGUAAUUUUCAAAAUGGUUAGUCUCCUUAAAAGCAUCAAAUGAAGUAGAUUGAUCCAAAAAUUAUUAAAUCAAGUAGCUUUAACAAUUCCAGCGCAAAAACAAAAAGCCGCACCUAUGAGAUUUAGAGGAACUCAAUAAAUGAUAGAAAUUAUGAUGAAAAAUACAGAGAGAAAGCCAUUAAAGAUGAGCUUGAAGACUGGAAUGCUCACGAUAAUAGCGAAAAAAGAAUAAAAGAGAACAGGAAAUUUCCCAAAAAGCCUUCUAAAUACGAUGGAAUUGAUCUUAAUUAUGUUGAUAAAAGCCUUUUGUUUUCUAGUGAGCAUAUUCCAUUAUCAGAGAAUGAAUGGAAAGAUUGCAUUAGUCUUUUAAAGGAUGUACGAAAAAUAUCUAGGGAUAGAUUGAAGCUAUCUUUAGUGAAAGGUAUCCCCCCUCAUCUUAGAGGUGAUAUAUGGUGUCUGCUGUGCAAUCACCCAUUUGAGUCUCUAAAUCAUGAUCCUAGGAUAUAUGUGAAACUGCUCAGUAUGACGAAUGAAAAUGAUAGUUAUAAUAUAACGAAGGAUCUAGACAGGACUCUACCAGAGCUUAAAUUAUUCAAUUAGGAUUAUAAGACUGGGAAAAAUACUCUAUACAAUGUUUUAAAAGCUUAUUCCUGUUAUGACAAUGAAAUCGGAUAUGUCUAAGGUAUGAACUAUGUCGCUGCUAUACUGUUGAUAUAGAUUAAAGAUGAAAUUAAAACAUUUUGGUGCUUGAAUAGUUUAUUGCAUCGAAAGAAUUGGAGAAUGAUUUACAACAAUAAUACGCCAAAGCUAGUUAAUUUACUCGAAUUAGUAAGAUAGAGAGUUGCAUCAGAUGAUCCAAUUUUACUUAGACAUAUUGAGAGUUAGGGUUUAUCUAUGGUAUCUGCAUUUGCUCCAAUUUUCAUUUCCCUAUUUACCUACUAAGUACCUCUACCUAUAGCUACUAGGAUUUUUGAGUAUUUCAUAUUCGAGGGUGAAACUGCGUUACUCCGAGUGCUAUUUAAGAUGCUCUAGUAUAAGAGAGAAAAGAUUAUUUCACUCGAUGAAUGCGAACUUUAAAAUUAUUUAAGAGCUGGUAUGAUCGUAGAAUGCGCUGAAGAACUAAAAAUUGAAGAGCUUUUAGACUAUUGA